AUGGCUAAGUCUUAUUCUUUGGUUCCUUUGGCCCUUUUCACAAUCUUCUUUGUACAUGCCCUAGCUCGCACUCCCCUUGACUCAAGGUGGUACGAUGCCCAUGCAACCUUUUACGGUGAUAUGCAAGGCGCUGAAACCAUGCAGGGAGCUUGUGGUUAUGGUGAUCUCUUUCAACAAGGGUAUGGACUUGAAACCGCGGCACUAAGCACUGCAUUAUUUAACGAAGGCUAUAGUUGUGGUGCAUGUUUUGAGAUCAAAUGUGUCAAUGACCCCCGAUGGUGUGUAAAAAAUGUGAACUCAAUCACCGUUACUGCAACAAAUUUUUGUCCUCCCAAUUAUAACAAACCUGAUGGCAAUUGGUGUAAUCCUCCACUUAAACACUUUGACUUGAGCAUGAAAAUGUUUACAACUAUUGCCAUCUACCAAGCAGGUAUCGUCCCUGUUCAAUAUCGACGUGUUCCUUGCGUCAAAAGUGGUGGUGUUAGGUUUGAACUUAGAGGAAACCCUUAUUUCUUAAUGGUUUUGGUAUACAAUGUGGCCAAUGCUGGUGAUGUUUUACGUGUUUUUAUCAAAGGAUCUAAUACAGAUUGGGCUCAAAUGACACGUAAUUGGGGACAAAUUUGGCAUACAGGAAUAAAUUUGGUUGGACAAGAUUUAUCUUUCUGGGUUACUACAAGUGAUAAAAAAGCUUUAGAGUUUGUUUCUGUUAUUCCUUCCAAUUGGCAAUUUGGACAAACUUAUCAAGCUUCCAGAAAUUUUUAGAUCAGUUGAAUUUAGGUUACAAUUAAAAAAAUCAUUAUGUAUUUCUUUUGUUACGAAUGGAAAAAGUUUUAUGUAAUUUAAAUUCUAGUAUUUUUGGCACCAGUU